UCAAACAAAUAAAAUAAAUAAAAAAUGAAAACGAAAAAAGCCCAAGAGAGAAGAAAAUUAGAGCGAGAGUGAGAAGAAGAAGAAAAAUUGAAGAAGAAAGCGGAGGAAAACGAUGAAGAGCGGUGGUGGAGGUUUGGGCGCGGCGGUUCCUUCGUACGGCGUCCCGGCGAAACGACGGUGGCGAGGUUUCGUCAUUGCGGUGCUUGGCCUCGUCAUUCUCUCCAUGCUCGUCCCUCUCGUCUUCUUGCUCGGCCUCCACAACGGUUUCCACUCUUCCGGAUAUAUAUAUGAACAGAGAAGUUCUCCUACGAAUCAGAAAAGUCUUGAAACUUUUGAAAGGCAUGAUGUUGCAAAGGACGAGAAUCAGUCUGAGCAGGGGCGACAAUCAAAGCAUGUGCAAGAACUGAUCACAAAGUUCCAGCCAACUCUUCCAAAGGAUGUUCUGAAGAAUUACUCUCGAGGAGACAAGGAUCGCACUGUCAAUGGGGGUGCCAAUAAUGAUAAACAAAGAGGUUUCACGGCGCCACCUAAGGGUGUUCAGCAGUCACCUCCACCUCCACCUCCAACUUCAAAUAAUCCUAGAGGUGGUCACGUUGAACAAGUAUCCCAUCCUAAAACAAGCUCUGCUGAUGAAAAUGGAAAAUCCUGUGAGCUGACAUUUGGUAGUUAUUGCCUAUGGCAACAAGAACAUAGAGAAGAUAUGAAAGAUGCUAUGAUUAAGAAGUUGAAAGACCAACUAUUUGUGGCUAGAGCUUAUUAUCCUAGCAUUGCAAAACUCCCAGCACAGGACAAAUUGUCUCGCCAACUGAAACAGAGUAUACAAGAGCUGGAGCACAUACUUAGUGAAUCUACUACAGAUGCUGAUCUUCCACCACUGGUUGAGAAUAAUUCACAGAAGAUGGAAGUUGCAACAGCCAGAGCGAAAUCAGUCCCUGUGGAUUGCAACAACGUUGACAAGAAAUUGAGACAAAUAUUUGAUUUAACUGAGGAUGAAGCCGACUUCCACAUGAAACAGAGUGCAUUCCUGUAUAAACUUAAUGUUCAGACAAUGCCAAAGAGCCAUCACUGCUUGUCACUGAAACUAACUGUAGAAUAUUUUAAAUCUUCACAUGAUGAAGAAAAGGCUGACGCAGAAAAGUUUUUUGAUUCUUCUUUGCACCAUUAUGUUAUUUUUUCUAAUAAUGUGCUGGCUGCAUCAGUAGUCAUCAACUCCACUGUAACUCACGCAAAGGAAAGUCAAAAUCAGGUUUUUCAUGUGUUGACGGAUGGAGAAAAUUAUUAUGCAAUGAAGCUGUGGUUCUUGAGGAACAAUUAUAAGGAAGCUGCUGUUGAAGUGUUAAACAUUGAGCAUCUUGAGCUGGACAACCAAAAGGAAAAUCCAUUACAGCUGUCCUUGCCUGAGGAGUUCCGUGUUUCAUUUACCAGUUAUGAUAAUCCAUCCAUGGGCCAGAUUAGAACAAAAUAUAUUUCAAUUUUUUCUCAUUCGCACUAUUUACUUCCUGAUAUAUUUAGCAAGUUGAAGAAGGUUGUGGUUCUGGAUGAUGAUGUUGUUAUUCAGAAAGACUUGUCAGCCCUGUGGAACCUAGACAUGGGAGAUAAAGUUAAUGGUGCAGUGCAAUUCUGCUCAAUAAAGCUGGGUCAACUGAAAAGUUAUCUGGGUGAGAAAGGUUUCAGUCAUAAUUCUUGCGCUUGGAUGUCGGGAUUGAACAUAAUUGAUCUAGUGAGAUGGAGAGAGCUUGGUCUUACUCAAACUUACAGAAGAUUGAUAAAAGAGAUGAACAUACAAGAAGGAUCUGGUGCAUGGCGUGCAAGCUUGCUUGCCUUUGAGAAUAAAAUAUACCCACUUGAUAAGUCAUGGGUUCUGUCUGGAUUGGGUCAUGAUUAUACAAUUGAUACUCACGCCAUAAAAACUUCUCCAGUGCUACACUAUAAUGGGAAAAUGAAACCUUGGCUUGAUCUGGGAAUUCCAAACUAUAAAAGCUCUUGGAAGAAGUUUCUGAACAAAGAAGAUCAGCUCUUAAGUGAGUGCAAUGUAAAUUCAUAAUAAGUUUUGGUCCAUGUAUAAGCUGGCAUGUUUUGGAAAUUGUAGGGUGAGCUCUUAAGAAGCAGCAAAAGGAUGCCUGUGCUCUGGGUGCUCAGUUUGCCGACCUAGUUUCCGAAGGGGUUUUAUGGAAGAAGCGAUAGAGUUAAUGAGCUUAACACACCAGUUAUAGACAUUAAUCAGUGAAUAAGGAACCUGGAAACUUCACUGCAUUUCUGGCAAAAAGCAUUAAGGAGUUCGAGUACCCUCACAGUUUUCAAGAUAGGUAAUUGGUGUUGAGGUUCUCCCCACUGUGCUGGUGGGCAGAACGAAGAGUUAUACGCGAGCAAGGCCGUAUAACUCAAAUAUAAAGACAGUGAUAUUGUUUGUUUCAUGAUUUUAUUAUGCUUCAUGAUGUAAAUUAUUUGUAGCAGGGAAACAAGUAGGACGAUACCUUCUAGUUCUUUUGAUUCAUAAUUUGGUUAAAGUUUGUUUUUGUUUGAUGACAAGAAUGUUAUCCAACAGCUUUAUAAAAGAAAAAAAAAAAAAAAAAAGUGACGAUUUUUCCCUCUAGUAA